AUGUUUGGAGUAGAUGCUGGGAUCAUCGGCGGCGUUCUUGCGAUGCCUGGUUUCAAAAGAGAGUUCGGACUCGACAAACUUCCCCCCAGUGCUGCAGCCAAUCUCUCUGGCAACCUUGUUACCACCAUGCAAGCUGGUGCGAUUGCAGGUGCGUUGGUCUCAAGUCCACUGGCAGACCGAAAGGGCAGGAAGUUCUCACUGCUCGCCGUGGCUGUGACUGGCAUAAUUGGUGGAUUGAUGCAAGGCCUGUCAUAUGGACACCUUCCUGCCUUCUACAUUGGACGCUUUAUUGAAGGCCUCGGUCUUGGUGCUGGCACCAUGCUUGCUCCUACUUACGUCUCCGAGAACUCUCCUCGCGCUAUUCGUGGCUUCUUGGUCGGAUUCUUCCAAUUAUUGUUAGACGCAGGUGGCAUGAUCGCUUAUUUCAUUAACUACGGCUCUCUGUUGCACUUUACAGGUAAGGCUACCUGGAUGGUUCCACUCAUGUGCCAGUCCCUCGCUCCAGCAUUGCUCCUCAUUACAAUGCUCUUCUGCCCAGAAUCGCCUCGCUGGCUCGCAUCUCAAGAUAAGUGGGAUGAAGCCACAAAUGUAUUAGCAGAUGUACGCCACCUGCCUCGAGAGCACGCAUAUCUUCAGCAAGAACUGCUCGAACUUCGCGUCCAGCUGGAUCAGGAGAAAAUAGUCAUGGGCAACACAGGAUUCUGGGCUUUACAGAAAGAAUGUUGGACGGUUGCAGGCAACCGAAAGCGCGCGUUGCUUACCAUCCUCAUUCUUGUUUUUAAUCAGUGGACUGGAACUGGAGCCAUCAACUACUAUGCACCAACCAUUUUUCGUAAUCUUGGUCUCUCAAGCACGACAACUGCUCUUUUUGCGCAGGGAGUCUACGGAAUUGUCAAAACUACUGGUGCACUGAUAUUCGUGCUCUUCCUUGCCGAUUCGUUGGGCCGCCGAAUCUCUUUCAUGUGGAGUGGUGCUGUACAGGCAUUUUGCAUGCUAUAUCUAGGUUUUUAUGUCCGGUUUGGACCUGAUUUGGGUAACAAACAGACACCGCCACCAUCCGGUAUCGCCGCGUUAGCCAUGGUCUACAUCUUCGCCGCAGCUUUCAACGCUGGCUGGGGCCCAGUCGCAUGGGUCUACGUAUCUGAGAUCCCGAGUAACCGGCUCAGGGCUUACAAUGUGGCAUUGGCUUCAUUCACCCACUGGGUUAUGAAUCUGACCGUCUCCAAGACAACACCGGUGAUGCUGCUUUCCACUCCGUACAAGACAUACUUCAUCUUCGGCUCCAUCAAUGUGGUCAUGGCCAUCACAGCAUUUUGGAUUCCGGAGACUAAGGGAAUAUCUCUCGAACGUAUGGACGAGCUUUUUGGCACUGCGGAUUUGUCAAAUAUCGAAGACGUUGGUGUCGCUGCCCAGCAGGCCAAGCAAGAGGAAAUGGCCAUUGAAACCGAAAAUGUGCAUGCGAAUAAGGUCUGA